UUGUCUUUUGACAACACGUCCGGGGUUGUUGUGCAACGAACAGACGAUUCAAUGUUUAUCAACAACUUGUUUCCCCAAUAACUUCCCAAUCCCGAGCAACCAAAAGUUCCAAAAACUGGCCAUGCAAGGUGCUGCCGCCAAAUUUCGCAAAUCUGCCAGUUUAAUCAUCUUGGCCCGAGAUAAAGCUGCACAAAAUCCCGAUUUCAAAGCUUUACUCUUUAAGCGGCCACCUCAGGCCACUUUUAUGCCCAAUUCUGCUGUCUUCCCGGGAGGAGUUUUUGAGGCUUCCGAUGAAACACCGCUGUGGAGAAAACAUUUUGAGAAAAUGGGUGCCACCAAGCAGCUGGUGGCUUUAACUGAAGAACCAAAGGGCAAGAAAUCAGUUAUUUUUCAAAAUAAUAAUCCAGAGGCUAUAGAAAGGGAAAUAUCAUUACGCAUUGCUGCCAUUCGUGAAGCUUUCGAAGAAUUGGGUGUUAUAUUUUGCCGAGAUCGCAAAUCAUUGGCCUCAGGCGUUGGGGAAGGUUAUGGUAAUUUUCGAGAGGACUUUGACCGCAACCACUGGCAGAAGUUGGUGCACAAUGACAGUACAAAAUUUUUGGAAUUAUGCGAGGCAUUGGAAAUUGUACCCGAUUUGUGGAGCCUGCAUCAGUGGUCGAAUUGGUUUACACCGACCACCUUUAAGAAGCGCUUCAAUACGGCCUUCUUUAUGAUCGCCCUAAAGGAUGUACCCGAUGUAAUCAAGGAAAACAAUGAAGUUACUGAUUUUGCGUGGAGAACUCCGGCCGAGUAUUUGCAACAGCAUUUCACAAAGGAAAUCUGGCUGCCCCCACCCCAGAUCUAUGAACUUUCCCGUCUGUUGAAUUUUACCCAACUGGAAGAUGUGAAAAACUUUGCUCUGCAACGUCGUCACGAAGGUCUCGAUGUUACCCUACCCAUUGAAUAUAAGUGUAAAGAUGCUCGCGUCAAUUUGUUGCCCGGUGAUGACUUAUACGCGGUGGAAAAUUCCAAAACCGAAAUGCCUGUUUUGGAAAAAACUGCUAAACAAUUUCGUGAAGGUGUAAAAAAUAUCCAUCGCAUUGAAUUCUAUGGACCAAAUGAUGCUGUUUUACGUUUGAAUUUUGAGCUACCUCAUGGUCAUAUUGGUCCCAUCAAUGCAAAUCCCAAGAAACGGGAUUGAGGGGAAUUUCAAUGGACAAUUGUUAUUUCCAUGUGGCAGCAGGAAGCUGUCUGAUGUGGUCUAUAGGUUGAAUUUCUUGUCCUUUGACUGUCUUCCCACCAAAAUGUGCAUUUAUAUGUCUAGUCUUAAGUUCCAAAACUAGAAAAAUUUACAAAUAUAAAUAUUUUUUAUAAAUAUUGAAUGUAAAAA